UUGUGUUCUUAAAAAUAUUCGUUAAAAAAACAAUUGUGAUUGUAAAAAUAAUGAGAUAAAGUGUAAACAUUUUUACGAAAUCAUUUAACUUCAUGCUGAAGGUUUUUCUUCAUGAGGGAACGAGCAGAUCAAGAAAUUGAUAAUAACAGGUGAAAAUGAGGUACCACAUUAGGAAGAAAUCUGCUAUAAAAAUUGGAGUGGCAGUGCUUGCCUUGAUUUUUAUUCUACCGUUUCUGAUCAGUAAAUUAGAAGGUAGCAGUAGUGAAAGUGAAGCUCUGAUGAAACGUAUGCGUAAAAGAAAGGGAGUUCAUCAUGAUACUGGAAUUCCUGUCAAAAAUGAUGUGGUACAAAAUGUGGUGGAAAAUCCAAUGGAGGCUAAAGAUUUAAAACCAGUCGAGCCACAGAGGAAAUUUGGACCAACUGCUGUCCUUAAACCAGGUGUAUUGGGUAACUUUGAGCCCAAAGAGAAACCAGCUAAAAGUGGUCCAGGUGAAGGUGGGCAGGCUGUAUAUACCAGUAUGGAAGAGAAACUGAGAGCUGACCAGUCUGUUAGAGAGUAUGGUUUUAAUAUGGUAAACAGUGAUAAAAUUGCCAUGGAUAGAGCUAUACCAGAUACUAGACUAGAUGAAUGUAAAUAUUGGCAGUACCCAGAAGAUCUACCCACAGCUAGUGUUAUUCUGGUAUUCCAUAAUGAAGGAUGGUCAACAUUGGUCAGGACUGUACACAGUGUAAUUGACACUUCACCGCCACAUCUUCUCCAUGAAAUCGUCAUGGUUGAUGACUUUAGUGAAAAAGAACAUUUAAAAGGCAAAUUAGAGGAAUAUAUUAAACAGUUUAAUGGAAAGGUGAAGUUAUACAGAAAUAAAGAGCGGAUGGGAUUGAUAGGUACGAGAACAAGAGGAGCUGAGCUGUCCACUGGGGAUGUUAUUGUAUUCUUAGAUGCUCACUGUGAAUGUAAUAAAAACUGGCUGGUACCACUGCUGGCUAGAAUUAAAUAUGACAGAACAAUUAUGGCAGUACCUACUAUUGAUGGUAUAGACUGGGAUAACUUUGGCUACCACCCUGUAUAUAGUACUACACAUCACAGAGGUAUAUUUGAGUGGGGAUUUCUAUAUAAGGAAAGCCAGGUACCUAAACAAGAACUGGACAGAAGACAACAUAACAGUGAACCUUAUAGAGCACCAACACAUGCAGGAGGGUUGUUUGCUAUGGACAGGAAGUACUUCUUUGAGAUGGGAGCUUAUGAUCCUGGAUUGAAGAUCUGGGGUGGAGAAAACUUUGAAUUGUCAUUUAAGCUAUGGCAAUGUGGAGGUAGUAUAGAAUGGGUUCCAUGUUCUAGAGUUGGCCAUAUUUACAGAAACCAUAUGCCUUAUGGAUUUGGUAAAGUUGAUGUUAAAAUACCAGUCAUUCAGCUGAAUUACAUGAGAGUUGUUGCAGUAUGGCUGGAUCCAGAAUUUCAGGAGUAUUUCUACACCAGGGAACCAGGAGUGAGAGGCUACCCUAUAGGAGAUGUGUCUAAACAACUGCAGUUUAAAAAGGAACACAAUUGUAAAAGUUUUAAAUGGUUUAUGGAGAAUGUAGCUUAUGAAGUUUAUGAAAAGUUUCCUCCCUUACCACCAAACAAGGCUUGGGGAGAGUUCAAGUUGGAAGGAAGUAACAAGUGUUGGGAUGUUAUGGGACAACAAGUGGGAGGUGGACCUAUCGGCCAAAGUUAUUGUCAUCACUAUGGUGGUAACCAGUUGUUCAGAUUGAAUACUAAAGGUCAGAUUGGUGUUGGUGAACGUUGUAUCAAGGCAUCCGGAGGGUCAACACUACAUUUACAUUUCUGUGAUGUACAGCCCACUGGUCCAUGGAGCUGGGAUGAGAAUACUGGUGUGAUCAGAGAACAACAUCAUGAUAAGUGUGUCGAAGGAAUGACUGAUGGAAAACUACUUUUACAACGCUGUGAACCUGGAAAAGCAUCACAAAAAUGGCAGAUAAAUGAAAUAUACACAUGGAAAAAAUAACUAGAAAUGCACAUUUAUUAAUUCUAGUCAGUGCUCAAUAUUUAUUUAUUAAUGGUUACUGUAGUAUGAUAUUUUAGUCUUGAUAGCAGUAUUAUUAGCUGCCACUGAUGUUGCUCUCAAAGGCCAGGAAAAAACGACUGGUAGCUCAGCAUUAUAUCAUCUUGUAGCUAAUGUGAUAUGAGUAGUGUAAUGUGAUAAAAAACUCUAUUCAGGUAGAUUAUUGGCAUGAUAUUAUUGCCAGAGGCAAAUCUUGAUUUAAUUUUGUUUCUGAAGAAAGUCAAUGUGUUUCUAAUGUCAUAGGUAUGAUGAUUAGAAGACUAUAAAGAAGAAUGCAAUUUUUAUUCCAUUCAGCUGAAAACAAAAUUAGUUAAAAAAUAAUGAUUAGUUUAGAGAGUGACCAUUUUGAAUAUUGGGGGCUUAGAUCUAGAUAAAUAUGCAAAUUCUUUAGAAACUCUAGUUUAAAAAAAAAUAUAAAAAAAUAAAGCCUACAUAAUUUUGAUAGUUCAUCAAGCUACACCAAACACACUUUAUUUAAAUUUUGUAUUGCCUAGAUUUAGUUGAUAACCUUAAUAACUUACUUAACUUAUCAUUCACUUUAGUGACAUAAGAUUUUGUUUUCAUUUGUUCAGACUUUUUUAUAUCUCCUCUGCCUAUUUCUAGAUCUAUACAAAUGCCUAAGUUAAACCCCAUAAAACUAUUUAAAGAUACCAAGCUAAUGAGCCUCAUUGUAACGCUAUGGCAUAAUAAUGGAAUUAAUUGAUUAUUGAAAUAAGCGAUUCAACAAAAACAGCUAUAAAUAUCAUGCAGACAUUUCACUUUGAAAUGAUGCCAAAAGACAACUUUUGAGUUCGAUGCAUUUCCGUCAAAAAUUUGGUUUUUGUGAACGUCUCUCGUGCGUUUAGGUGCGUCAUGACUACCGUUUCAAUUUUAGGGAGUGGUUGAAAAACUAUAAUGUUAUAUUGCACAAAUAAUUUGGCAAAUCAAACUCUCAUAAUUGACAAUCUGCACUGCUGUCAUUAGGGAAUUGUGUUUAGUUACCUACGGAACAAAUAUUUUUUCUAGUUUACACUGCACUAUAACGGUCACUUAGACGCUUGAUGAAUGUCACUCGUGCAGGGAUACGGGUGAGCCCCUCUAUCUGGUAAAUGACGCUACAAAGGCACGUAUAAUUGACAAGUUUUCUCCAGUGACGGAUGAACUCGAAAGUGGUCUAUUGAUUGAAUUUUAAUUCAUUUGUUGUUGUUCAAAUAAUGUAUUGAAGGCUGAAAAGAUUUUUAAUAUUCAAGUUGGGUCUGAUUUUCAAACUUAGCCAUGCUCUGUUCUAUUGGCAGUAAAGUUCAAUAUGGUCAAACUAAUUGUUCAAACUUAAAUGAAUAAAUAUAUCAGUUAUCAAAAAGUAUUACUAUACAUUUCACAAUUUAUAUACUAUAAGACUUAAUAAGUUGAUGCAAAGGAGCAGAUUAAUUUCAGUUUAAGUAACAGUGUGUCAGAAAUUUUUAUCAAUGACCAUAUAUAUUAACCUUGAUAUGCUCUGAACUCAAAAAUGAGUCAGAUCAAGAUUUUAAUAUUAUUGUGAUUUUUUAUCUGUGAUGAUAUAAUAUAUGAAAUGAAUGAAAGGAGUUAUUUGAUCUCACCCUAACUUUGUUUUUGUUGUUAUUAUCUAUGCAAUUGUUGUAAUACAUAUAGGUAAAUAUGCAUUAUGAAAUUAUUAUUGUAUUCAAAUGCUUUGUUUAUGAAG